AAAACAAAACGGCCGAACGAUACGGCAACACUGAGUACAGAGAGAACGAUACGGCAACACUGAGUGAAUCGUUUGCUGCGGGCUUCGAUUGGCAAAAUGCGAAAGUACCAGCAACUUCUGCUGCUAAUAAUCUCCUGUAUAAGUGUCGGUGUCCUUUUGAUGUACAAAACCGAAAAUAAUCAUCUGAAGGAUGUAUUGGAGGUGAUAAAUUUCUUUGGCCACCGUUCGGAUAUUUUGAAAAAAGUUGAAAGCAAUGCCACCUAUAUACGAGACUUUGAGUACCCACUGGCCGUCUGGCAAGCAUUUGGCACACAUUUCCAUGGUUAUUCUGCGUAUUGGAGGCGAAACGAAUUGGUUUCCGGUGGAGAUGCUGUGGCAAUUGUGGUAGGCCGUAAGGGUGCCGUACUAAAUUUCAAAUGUUCGCUGAAUUUUGGCGGACCCACCAACAUACAGGGCAAGUUUCGGUUUCAACGUGUAGACAAAAACGGGGAAGAUGAUAAUUCGGAAUUCACCCGAUACUAUUUCUACUGUAAGGUGACCCGCGACUUUGGCACACCCACAUCGGUCGUGUUCAAUGAGCCCAGUGCCAGCAACAAGAAUGGUUAUGCAAUGAAAUUGAGAUUGGUCAAAGUUGCAGACAAAGGAAUGCAGAAGCUGGCCGUUCACCAUAUGACAGUAUGUUUAGAUUUCUACAACAAGGAGGAGUUCUACAACAUGACAUCUGUAGAAAAGCAACCUCAGGAAUUGCUUGAGUUCUUUAUUCAUCACUACAUUCUGGGAGUGGAGGACUUCAUUGUCUAUGGUGGCGAUGACAUACCGUACACAUUGCGGCCAAUAUUAAAACGUUUCAAUGUACGGGUACAUCUCCUGCCAUUUAAUUUUCCCUUUUCCUCUGGAAACUCCAGCGAACGAAUACACAACAUUAUAGAAAUGGACUGUAUAUUAAGGAACAUUAAUCGAGCCAGUCAUUCAAUUUUAUUGAAUGCCAACGAGUUUUUCUACCCCAACACACACUUGGACGAUGAAAACUCUGUGUUACGUUCUAUACGGGACGUCGACAGCGGAGUCACACACUUUGAUUUGAAGCCAUUUGCUAUUUGCAAGGACCAAAGACAUAAAUAUUUAAUAGAAAAUACAUUGUAUGAUCCUGAGGUGAAGACACAUAGCUUGUCGUUGUACAGACCGCAGGACAAUACAAAUGCCGUGAGUGUGGAGGAGCCUAGACGGCAAGAUUUAACCGUGUCUAAAGCUUUUGUUCAUCGAUAUAUGAAUUGCCUGCACGUGGGCAAGGAUGGGCUGCACGAUUGGCGAAACUUGCUGCGGGAAGAUUUCAUGCAACAUCUGGAGAGACUGAAGGAAGAAAUUAAGCUAUUAAUUUAGGAUGAUUUAGUUUCUAAUUAAUAAUAAUCGAAUUAGUUGUCUUCCGUAUGAUUUAGAAAAAAUUCUCGUUUAAUUUUCUUGAAUUGUUUUAUGUUUUUUCCAACAUCUUCAAGAUGAUUUUAUCGUUAUACAAUUCUAACUAUUCCCAUUUAUCCCUUUUCUUAGAAGUAUGUAUGUGCUUUGCAAGCUCAAAACGAUAUUUAUACAUUUAACUAGACUAUUUGAAUAAAAAAAUCGAAUUUA